GAACUUGCUUGCGCGAGACGUGUGCAUAAUCACGUCCACUACCCGAAUACCCUGCUCCUUCCCUGUCAUCGUGAUAGCAUUCCAGGGCAGACUCAGUGUCUUUGCCUGCGACACUCGUCAAUCCUUCCUCAGGGCUUCGUCCGGGGUGUCCGCCCAUACGUCAAUGUACCAUAUCUGACCUCAUUGUUAUCCUGCACCCCGCUGCGCAGCACGAAUGGACCAGAUCCCCAGCAUAUUAUAUGCCGAUGAAGACUACACAACAUGGCUAAUCCUCGGUGCCAGCAGAGGCAUUGGACUGGAGUUUGUACGGCAGCUAUUAACAAAAAAUGAGCGCAUCAUCGCCACGGUGCGAGAACCAUUUGCAGCGCAUGCUUCAGCCUUGUGGGGUCAGGCUGGCGGGGAUCAUGGGAGAUGUCGAAUGGAGAUCUGUGACAUACUGUCUGAGGAGAGCAUCAUAAGAUUUGUUUCAACACUGGCCACCAUACCAAAUUUGAAGAUCGACUAUGUAGUCUUGAAUGCUGGAGUACUGAGAUACCCGAAUAGAGCUACUGAGCUCUCUUUCGACGAAUUCGCCUUCCACCUCCACACCAACACAAUCGGACCUAUCAUAACCGCUCAGAAGCUGCUACAAACCAACAUCCCCAUCGGCACCAUAGUGUUCAUGUCCUCAGACAGCGGUUCAGCAGGCCAAUUUCGCGAGAUGGAAGACGGAUUCGCCGCCUAUGCUGCCUCAAAAGCAGCCUUAAACAUGGCUGUUCGUCACAUGGCCGCUGAGUUAAAGAGGAAGGACGAUGAUACGAUUUUGCUGUGCAUGCACCCCGGCGAAGUGGCGACAGAUAUGGCGAAUGUGCAGUUGCCGUGGGAGGUGCAGGGGAUCAUUACGCCGGAGGAGAGUGUGGGGAAGAUGAUUGAAGUGAUCAAGAGUAAGGGGAUUCAGCAUAGCGGGACUUUUUGGACGUAUGAAAACAAGCCAUACGUUUGGUGACAGACCUUUCGCAUUGUAUCUACUACUACCUGCAUUCUCCGGUAACCCUCCACUAGGAUGAUACCCCUACUAGAGUGCAUAGACACCAUGAAUG